ACAGCGGCGGAGGCGGACGUGUUGGCGGAGCCAGAGCGCGGGAAACGCCGCUGCAGGGAGCCAUGCCGCCUCUUCUCCCUUCCCGUGGGGAUCCUAAAUGAAAUAACAUCCAAACACCCCGCUUCACGUUGCCUUCAUCGCAAGGCCAAGCCGGUGCUGUUGUUGCGGCUGCAGGAAGGGCGCGCUGCCUCUCUCUCUCCUCCCUUCCUCCCUCCGGCUGGCCUUUUCCCGAAGUCCUGCUGCAGAGGACUGCGGAUCGGAGCCGGGAUGGAAGCAUGGCACCGGAACCGGCGUCGCCAAAGCGGCAGGGUCCAUCCCAUGAUGGAUUACAAAGCCACGCUCACCAGCACAGUUUUUCUGGAGCCCUGAGGAACCAGGAGCAACCCUUUCUUGCUUGCUAUUUCUCUGUUCUUCUCCUCUGGAUGCAGGCGGAUCACGGAGCCACUUCCCCCUGGGUUCUGCCCCAAUGUGUCCUUUCCUGCGGUGUUGGAUAGACUGCUGCUGAGCCGAUCCGAGAAGACAUUUCUUUGGACUGGGCCACACAGAGUGGCUCUUCGCAGCUUGCUGGCCCCUCUGAGAGCCUUGAUGGGACAAAGGUUUUUUUAAAACUGAGAUUAAUCUGGUUGGCUUUACUCAGAGGAAGGUUGUCUGGCUACCCCUCCAGUGACCGGGCAUUUCUUUGCCUGGACGCACCUCUAAGGAAUAGAGACAAAGAGCAUCAGGCAAGCCAGGAUCCUAAGCCAAGUUUCUAGGAAGCUGGUUGUGCUUCUCAGAGAACAAACCACAACAAGAAAGUCCUCCUCAAGGCCUCUUUUCCUCCUCCAAACCUUUGGCCUUCCUUCCUCCCAGAAUCCAGUGGCCAGUUCAUACUCCCACUUAUGGUUUUCGGAAGCCAUUGAGAAAGAAACUAAAGGAUGAUUCUGUUCACAGAGUCAUGUCCCAUGGUGCUUCCUUCAUACCUUACUAACAAAUAUGGUUUCUCUGUGAUGGAGAUGGACAGACCUUUGGCUAUGGCAACAUGAGACAACAUUUUCUCAGGGGCUAAGAUCACUGGGCACUUUGAAUCUAGAGCUCAGUGAUAAUCUCAUACUCACCGGGGAGAAAAUUACACCGACUUUUACUCUGUCCCCCCAAAAACGAUAGGAGUGAAGAAACAGAAUUAUAUGCUAUUGGACCUGGGAGAAUUCAAGCAGUGGUUUGCAUUGUGGCCAGAACUAGCGUGAACUUUUCUGGCCCGUCAGCGCCGUGGCUAGUAUCUACAUGGAAGACCUGAGCAAAUCCGCCUCGUGGCUGAGGGCCGAGCUGGCCUCCCCUUCCCCAUGUCUCCACAUCCUCGAUUGCCGCAGCCGGGAGCUGUACGACUCGUCCCACGUGGAGCGAGCCCUGAGCGUGGCCCUCCCGGGGUUGCUGCUCCGGCGCCUCCGCAAAGGGAACCUUUCUGUCCGAUCCUUGCUGCCUGCACCACCGCAGGGUCUCCGGGACAACCCUGUCCUGCUGUAUGAUGAGGGAACACUUCAUCUGCCCCAACAAAGGGGUCAUGAGGAUGACGAAGACUCGGUUCUGGUGACAUUGCUGCAGAAGCUGCGGGAGGAAGGUUGCUCGGCUUACUAUCUCCAGGGAGGCUUCCAUAAAUUUCAAGCUGAGUGUCCACAUCUUUGUGAGACCAACCUGGAUGCUGCCAUCGCCAGCAGCUCACCUGUGCCCCCCGCUGCCCCGGUGGUUGGCCUGGGGGGCCUGAGCCUCAGCUCGGAUUGCUCGGAUGCCGAGUCGGAGCCCCUUAGCAGCGGCAUGGAGUCGGAAGGGGCCAGCCCCCCAUCCUUUCCUGUGCAGAUUCUACCCAACCUGUACCUGGGCAGUGCCCGUGACUCAGCUAACAUGGACACCUUGGCCAAGCUAGGCAUCAGCUACAUCCUCAAUGUUACACCCAACUUGCCCAACCUCUUUGAGAAGAAUGGUGACUUCCAUUACAAGCAGAUCCCCAUCUCGGACCACUGGAGUCAGAAUCUCUCCCAGUUCUUCCCUGAGGCCAUCGAAUUCAUUGAUGAAGCCCUGUCUCGGAACUGUGGCAUUCUGGUGCACUGCUUGGCGGGGAUCAGUCGCUCUGUCACCGUCACCGUCGCCUACCUCAUGCAGAAGCUCAACCUCUCCCUCAACGAUGCCUAUGACCUUGUGAAGAGGAAGAAGUCCAACAUCUCACCCAACUUCAACUUCAUGGGGCAGCUGCUGGACUUUGAGAAGUCCCUGGGGCUCAACCGCAGCAGUCGCCCCACCUCCAGCCAGACCUGCUUCUUCACCUCGCCCACCGAUGACAGUGUCUUUGAGCUGGACCCCACGUAGCGGGCAGGAGGGGGCACCGUAUGCGUGCUGGCUUUGCUUCUUGUCCUCUUCUGCUCUUUGGUUCUCCCUGCCCUGGUGGCAGAGCUCUUUGGCACCAACAGAAUUACCUCAUGCCAGAGAGAGAACGCAAGACGGGGGCCGCCUCUUUUGAAACCUACUGCCACUUUGAGAGCAGGUUUUUUGCUGCUUUCCUCUGUUCUCUUGGGCAACAACAGUGAUGCUAUGUCCCUACCAAUCUUACAGCGAUGCGGUCAGGGCCACACCAAUAACCAAAGAAAGACUUCUGCCCCACUUCAUCAUAGUCGGCUCCUCGUUCACAGGCGUCCUGUAAAGAGCUGUAUCUGGAGCAUUUUACAGCAUGUCAAAUACGAUCCCUUUUGCCCCCGUUCCAUGGGGCACAUCAGGGCUGGCACCUGCUGGUUGCUAAUGAUCUCCAUCGUAUCUAGAACCCUUCCUCACCUUGUGACUCCACAGCUAUAAUUCUGAAAUUAAACUGGAGAGCUGUAGCUUUCUCACAAGGAUCCUACCUGCCUAGGAUGUCAGGGCCUUAAGAAUCCAGGGAGAACCAGAUCUACUCUGGAGUGGACACACAUGCCUCCAACAGUAGCCGUAUCAAGUUGGGAUCCUGUAUCUCCACAGUGGAGAGCCCACCAGCUGCCUCUCUCACUGACAUUUCUAGGGCCUCGGUUGAACUGCAGAAAGGAUGUCCCAGAUAAUUUUGCAUCACCCGAGACUCUAACAUUGCCUUAAGGAUCCUCUGUUAAGUCUGACGAUUAACUGAAACGGUAGAAGAUGAUGGAGAAUUUCCAUCCUUUCCUCUUCCGUCUUGGAACUCUAGUUCUAGGAGUUCAUCCUGCCAGAACACAUUGGAAGCUCUGCAGUUAAUCCAGGUCAAAUUGUGUCAUGACUGUACCUCAUCUGUCACUUCACAACUCCUCAUCCUCAAAGCAGCACCUCUGGCUGCUUCUCCAACUUUUUUGGGGGGGAGAGCAAAUGGAAAAAAUGUAUGUCUAACUGGAAGCUUUGGGAUAGGCUCACACCAGGGAUUCACAAUGUAAGGGAUGGCAUGAUGUUACUGCAUGGGAUGUGGGAUCAAGUUGGAGCAGCUCUGUGUGUGAGAGUGUAUGUGUGUGUGCUUUGUGCAAAUUCUGGCACCUGUAUGUGUGUAUAUUUGUGUGUGCCUUAACGCCGCUGCAUGUGAGCAGUCAGAGCAGCGUAUGUAUGUACUAGGCUGCAUUUGCCCAGUAUCAGCAUGCCGAGAGUUCAUUUGCCUGCCCAGGCUUAUUUCCACAAUUUUAGGACUUGAAUUCAAUUUUGGCACCAGGGCUCAGUUUUUUGUUUUUUUUUUGGUCAUAUCAGGAGUGACUUGAGAAACUGCAAGUCGCUUCUGGUGUGAGAGAAUUGACCGUCUGCAAGGACGUUGCCCAGGGGACGCCUGGAUGUUUUGAUGUUUUAUCAUCCUUGUAGGAGGCUUCUCUCACGUCCUCACCAGGGGUCAGUGAAAUCAUAUCAAAGAAGUUGGCAUCUCUGAGCAUGUGCAGAAAAAUUAAUAAAUAAAUGCCAACAGGAUGUUUCCUUCCUCAACAAUAUCUCCCCCCUUGGAGUUGAAACUGUGCAGGGUUUCAAGUUCAAGACUUGCACAAAAGCUAGAGUCUUGGCAUUUAUGAAAUCUUUGUUUUAAUACCAUACAUGCUUAUCUAGGAAUAAAUCCCACUGAAUUCAGUGGGACUUGUUUCUGAAUAGGAUUGUCCUGUAAGUUAACCAUUUUUUUUUGUCAUGUCAGGAGCGACUUGAGAAACUUCAAGUUGCUUCUAGUGUGAGAGAAUUGGCCGUCUGCAAGGACGUUGCCCAGGGGAUGCCCGGAUGGAUUGAUGUUUUUAUCAUCCUUGUGGGAGGCUUCUCUCAUGUCCCCGCAUGAGGAGCUGGAGCUGACAGAGGGAGCUCAUCCGCGCUCUCCCCGGAUUCGAACCUGCGACCUGUCGGUCUUCAGGUUUAACUCACUGCCUGUAUGUGAGUGUAGUCAGAAAACAGUGUGUUUUAAAGUAUAUCCACGCUUUGAUCAAGGCUGUUGCUUUUGCUGUGUUUGUUGUGAAUGUUGGGCUGCAUCUAUGCUACGAUUCUACAAAAAUGGAGGGAUGGAAUGACACAUUGUCUGCAGAAUUCUGCAUCUUUUUCCUUUUCUUGUUCUUCCUCAUAUGCAGCCUUCUGGCCCUCCUGAAACUUUGUGCCUGUGAGCAAUGCUUGGUAAAGUAAUCCCAGUGGAUACCUCCUGUGUAGGGAGGUUCCCUUGCCUAGUUCCCCCUCUGGUCCUCCCAAGAUUAGUGAAACCAGAAUAUAUUAUGCAAAACAGUCACAAUGUUAUGCAAAGUCUGAACAGUUAUGCAAACUUGCUCAGUUCACCUGGCUUACGAAAUCCAACUUUUCUCAAAAUUUGGACACAAAAUUUUCUGGAAUUUUUUUUAAUGCAGGCUACGCACAAGCCCUGUGCACCUAUAUGUGUGCAAAAACAGGUUUUGCACAAUGGCGUUUGUCUCUGGAUCUGUGCUUUCCAUUUUAUUCUUUUAUUACUGGCAGUUGUGAGUCAGUCUACAGAGGAAUUGCUUUUGCGGUAUCCUGGUCUCUUGUUCUUCAAAUGAAUGUAAACGGCUGUGGAGCUGAGAUGGUGGUGGGCACACGGUGCCUUUGCCAUGGUCAACUGGUCACUUCAAUAAAGCAGGACUUUAAAUAAUACAAA